AUGGAUGACUCCGCCUUUAGCACGUCCGAAGUCGACAUAAACACGCAAACGAUCCUCCUCUACGCAUCGAACCAUGAUCUCGGCUCUCUAAAACCACUCUUACGAAUCCCUGGAAACGCAACUGUCCAAGAUCCAGAGACGGGGUAUACGCCUUUACAUGCGGCUAUCGCUGCCUGUGGGCCGACAUCCACUUCUUCCAAUGCUGCCAGUACAGUAACAGGGGACGUGGAAAGAUCGCCGAGAGAGGGGGGAGCUGUAGGGGAGGCAGAUGCGGAAGCUGUCGAUAUCCAAAAGGCCGCUGCGGUAGUAAAGGAAAUAUUCAUAUCAGGCGCAAUAUGGAAUGACCUGGAUGCGAAUAAUGAGACGCCAGGGUGUCUCGCGUGGAGGCUAGGUAGGAAAGAGUUAUAUGAAAUGUGUGUUGAGGCUGGAGUUAGGGCUGAGAUAUUACUUGGGUUGAUGGGGAAGUAUGAGGCAUUAGGUUCUGAUUCUGAAGAAGAUGAAGAGGGCGAGGAAGAAGAAGCCGCUGAAGAAACCAAGGAAAUUGACAAGGGAGCAGAAGCAAAUCGAACUAUUAAUGACUGCGAUGCGGAAAAAGAACGGGAGAAAAGGGAUGUGAAUUCAGAAGACUACCUGCGCUCAACCCUUACCUUCGACGACGACAAACUCCUGGACGCGGAUAGAAAUGGCAUAAUGAUGGCCUGGGAAACCGAUAUAAUGCGGCGCUCUGUCGACGCCCUCCUCCCUCCCCCUUCCUCCCCGGGAAAUCGAAUCCUCAACAUCGGCUUUGGAAUGGGAAUCAUCGACCGCAUGCUAGCCUCUACAAAACCACUCACACACCACAUAAUCGAAGCCCAUCCCGCCGUACUAUCAAAACUCCAGUCUGCCGCUUCGGAUUUUGGGCCAACCUGGGAAUCGUCCGCCCCAGAGGGAGGAAGCUAUAAAGUUCAUGCAGGGAAGUGGCAGGAUAUACUUCCGACCUUGCUUACGGAUGGUUUGGUCUUUGAUGCAAUUUAUUUCGAUACCUUUGGUGAGGAUUACAGUGCACUGAAAGACUUUUUUACGGAGUAUGUCCCAGGACUAUUGGAUUCCGAGGGUAGAUUUGGGUUUUUUAAUGGGCUUGGAGCGGAUCGGCGGGUUUGUUAUGAUGUUUAUACAAGGGUUGUAGAGUGUGAUUUGGCGGACGCGGGAUUGGAUGUUGAGUGGGAGGCUAUCGAUGUACCGGCCUUAGGGGGUGAAGGCGAGGGCGAGUGGGAGGGGGUUAGGAGACGUUAUUGGACGCUAGAUCGUUAUCAACUGCCUGUUUGCAAGUUUUUGUGA